UUUAAUUUAUUUACUUACAUUGCAAUCCUUCUAGUUCACGGCGCUCGUUUUUCUUGCCGCCUUUUGUGAGUGGGUUCCGUAGAUAGGCCAUUGCCGCUGGUUUACUCACCCAGAUAUUCACUUUUAUGGUGAUACUGUUAUUAAUUUUGGAUUUCAAGAAGGAAUUGGAAGGGUGUGUGACACGAGCGGGGGCCGAUUAAAAUGAAAUGGCAAAUAUUUUCCUCCUGAUACGACGCAAAAGAAAAUGAAUUUCGCUUCUGAAUGUGCCACGUCCUUCUCUGUCCGUGGAGAUGAGCUUCUGUUUAGUAAGACGACGACUGAAGUGUUGGUGGAGAAGGUGCCGGCAGUUGUGCAGGCAGCGAACAGUGACUCAGAUAGUGGUGUGGGCUCACCACAGGAGGAGGGAACACAGCAGCCCAGCAUCAGCAAGGAGAUGAGCGAUUCUGAGGAUGACAUCCAAGUGAACCGGAAACCUCGGUCUCUGAAGGCCCUGAGAGACAGUGACGAGGAGGAGGAGGGAGGGGCUGGCAUGGCGGAGGCACUCAUCCUGUCAGAAUCUAGUGAGGAGGAUGCUGGUGGUGCUGCGAUGAAGGCCAAGCUGGGCUCCACGAAAGGCAAGAGGGUCGUCCGGCCACCGCUGGAGAGCGAUGAGAGUGAUGCGCAGGCGGAGAGUCAGACCCCUGGUCGAAAACGAGAGUAUAAGAGGCAGAGAUCCCAGCGACGCAGGGAGAAGUCGCAGAAGGCUAAGGAUUGGGUGAAGAAGAACAAGAGCCCACAGGGGAGUCCUGUGACCCCUCCACUGAAUGAUAGUGGCUGUCUCCUUGGAGACAAUGAUCUGUUUGACACUGGUCUGGAGGAAGGGGCGGAGCCCGAGGAAGAGGCGGGUCUUGAUGCCAUCAUAGCGUCAGUAAAGCAGAAGGUCAAAAAGCACAAGUCAGCACUGAAGUAUGAAGAGGACGAUGAUGAAGAGAUGAUACAGAAACCACAACGCAAGGAAAGGAAAGCAGCUUUGGCCAGCAAAGAGGCUAUCAAACACCUGCACAGUGAGAGCCAGAGGCUGAUCCGAGAGUCCUCUGUGGGGCUGCCCUACCACAUGCCUGAGCCCAAGAGUAUCAAUCAGUUCUACAAGAGGAGAACCCGACCUGAAGGCCCAGCUAUGAGGCUGUUAAAGUCUGCACAGUACCAGACAUGUCUCAUAGAGGUGCCGUCACCUCCUCAGCCUGACCAGAACCAGUCUAAAUCAGAAAAUCCGGCUGAUGCAAUGGAUCCCAUUAAAUCUGUAGAUAAGUCCCCCGAAGCAUGUCCAGAGGUCCCCCUCUCAGUGUCUCAGCAACCGGCCGACUUGGUGCCCGGCUCGCCUGCCAAGGAUGAGGGCAGUUUGGGUACAGACAAGCUGUUGGAGCUGUCGGAGUCAGCUGGAGACCAAACUGAUUCUGACACGGUUGGACCACAGAUGGCCUCUUUAGAGUCUGAAGUACAAGUGCCAUUGGAGCUCAGGCUGGGUCAGAGCAAGGUGGCAGAACCCACAGAACCCUCCCCAGCGGAGCCCCAGCCCCGGAAGAAUCGAUUGGCUCGCCUGCGGGAGCUGGGCCUCGAUCCAGCACCUGUGCCCAGGCUGUGUGCUGAUGAUGGGGCCUUUGUACACUUGGAGCCCCCCCAGGUGAACCCUGCUCUGGAGGCAUUGAAGGAGAGGUUCUUACGCCAUGUCCAACCUGCACCCUGUGCCCAAGGGGAGCGUUCUAUGCAGCUUAGUAUUGUGCGCAAGGACAGCAGCGCCCCCUCCGGCCAGCAAGAGCUGCUUGAGGAGUCGGUCACAGUCACCAUUGGCAAGACCGAGAAGGAUGUUGUCCAUGCCAAGCCAGGUGAGAAGCUGGUAUUUCUGAAGUCCCGUCUGCAGCAGGCCAUGGCACAGCGUCGGCAGGAAGAGCGUGAACGUCGGGCAGCCCUCCACCGGCUCGACAACGAAGACUGCGAGGAGGAGGAGGAAGAGGAGGAAGAGAUGACGGACGAAUCUGAUGCUGAAGAGGGUGUGACCGGGCUGCUCGGGGAUGAUGAGCACGACGACGACAGUGAUGUUGGUGAAGACGACGCAGAGGACAAUCGAAGGAGCAACUCCCCACUGGCUCUUAAGGGUCCGUCUCCACCUGCGGACCUCCUGAACACAGAUGGCACUCUGCUGCUGUUUGCUGGGAGCUCCAGCUCUCGCCUGGGAGAUGGGGUGAGGAGACCAGGAGCAUCGGGGCCUGAAGGUGACACCAAGCUGGAUGAAGAGGAUUCUCUUUCCUUGGCUAAAGACAAUAGUCACAACAGCAGCUUCGAGCUCAUUGGCUCCAUGCUUCCUUCAUACCAGCCAAUCAACCGGUCUGUGGGGAGGGGCUUACCCAUCAGCGCGCUCCGCUCACCAUCACCAGUAUUCUACAGGCCCAGCUUCCUGGGCUCAGCCUCUAAGAGCUCAGGGAAGCUGUCCGAGCCCUCGCUCUCCCUCCCAGUGGAAGACUCCCAGGACCUGUACGCCCCGUCCUCCCCGAGCGAGGCUGGGCCGCUGUGUGCAGGGAGCCACUCCCAGGGCCGCUUCUCCCUGGAGGAGGACACGCAGUCGCAACUGCUGGAUGCUGACGGCUUCCUGAAUGUGGGGCCCCGCGUCCGGGCCCCGGCCCCCAAGGAGCGCCACCGCCGGCUCCUUUUGCCAGACAGCCUUGACGAGAAUGCCAUGGACGCCAACAUGGGUGAGCUGCUGGGCCUCUGCUCUGGGGGCUUUGAGGGCACGGCCCCCAGGGGCACAGACAGGGCCGGCCAGCCUGGCGGGGACACACAGGAGGGGGCCAUCGGUGAGCUGCUGGGCCUCUGCUCGGGGACAUUCGCCACCCAACAGGACAGCGACAGUCCUACGGAGGGACCUAGGGCCCUGUCAAGAGCGGCCCAGGGAGGCUGCAGUGAGCCUGGCUCUCAGCAAGCAGUCGAGCAGCUCCUUGGCCUGUGUUCUGGGACAUUCUCCAGCGCAGGUAACUCGCCAGCACAGCUAGACGGUAGCCAGGCCCCGGAGUCGCCUUGCAGUCCAACCCACAGGGAGGAGCGUAGAGAUGAGGAAGUUGAAGAGGAAGAUUGUGAAUUUCGACUGUUGUCAGACAUUGGUAGCCUUAGCGACGAGGAGGGUAGUAUGGAGGAAGAAGACAAAAAAGGAAGUGGCAGUGAAAAUGAAGGGGAGGAGCCAGAGGCGGUGCUGGGAGUCCGCAGAGGGAAGCGGAAGAUGCACCUAGCAGAGUUUGUGGAGUCCGAGGCUGAGUUGUCAGGCAGUGACAAUGGAAGUGACGAUGAAGAGGACGAAGGUGGAAGCGAGUAUGAGGAUGAUGAAGUGCAAGAGGAGCUACCUUCUGAUGAAGAACUGCAGGACCAGGUCAACAAGAUCCACAUGAAACAGGUGCUGGAUGAUGACAAGCGGCGCUUACGUCUGUACCAGGAACGUUACCUGGCCGACGGAGACCUGCACUCAGACGGACCUGGGCGCACCCGCCGCUUCCACUGGAAGAACAUUGACAAUGGAUUUGAGAUGGGUGAUGAUGGGGAUGAGGAAGAGGAUGAGGAGGAAGAAGAGGAGUUGACCCAGGCAGAGCAACAGAGGAGGAAAGAGCGAGCAGAGAGGGAGCGCUGGCUUCGCGAACAGUCUGAGGCAGCAGCCCGGAGGGGUCUUGGCGAUAAUGAAGAUGAUGACGAGGAAGAAAAUAUUGGCCAGGAGGAUAGCCAGUUCAUGAAGCUGGCGAAGAAGCUGACGGCGAAGAAGCUGGCCCAGACGGAGGGUCCUAUGGCCCCCAAGGAAAAGACUGCCCUCUCAUCUGCUCCCUUUAAUAUGCAAAAUAAUGUGGUGAGGCGAGGCUCCUUACUCAGCCAGCCUCGGGCCGUCCUGCAGAAGCUGGCUUCCAUCUCCGAUGCUAAUCCCAGUGCCCCACGAAACAGCCGGGGAUUCCUCUUCCAAACCCUCUCCCCAGAGAAGGACACCUUUGCAAUGGCAUGCCCCAAAAAGCAGGUGACGAAGAGAAGCCAAGCAGAGUCUUUGGCCCCUGCAGCCAAGCGGCCAUGCCUGGGACCCGUACACUCUUCUUCGGGGCUUCCCAAGAGCAUCUUCAGCUACCUGGAGCGCUGAGGCCACGGUGUCCCACCUCGGCGAAGCUAAUCUUUAUGCAGGCCUCCCUCCUGUGUCUUAUUCCCCAACCUCAGCUAGGUCGCCAGUGCUUAUUGUGUAAUGCACAAACUCGGCCUAUAAUUAUGUAAAUACAAGGUAUCGGUGUGUCUUUUAUUGAUUCCUU